GAAACUUCUAAAUUGCCCGAUGCAGCAGGUGGCAGGAAGUUAUAUUUUUCUCCAUCCUUUUUACGGUCACGGCUGUUGGCUGCUGCUCCGAAGUUGGAUGUGUCUUCAUUGAAACGAAGUCACUCGGGAUAAGGCUCCGCUUCAUGAUGAACCCCCUCUGUGAUCAAGUGAAUUUUAGCUAGCUGAAGAAUUUAAGGAAGGUUCCGCUCUGUCGCAAUGUUGUUGAGAAUGACUUCAGAAAAUAGAAAACCUCGGGAUGAUUCAAGUCUUCCUGCACCAUGUGCUCUGUGGCCUGUGGACCUACAGUUAACGCAUGUGAGCUGCAACCCAGGGGAUACACUGGUGCACUUCCAGGGCCAAUAUCUCACAAUAUGUGAACUGGACUAUAACAUACUGCAAGUGGAAAUACAGAAUGCACGGAAAAAACAGAUGGCGGUGGAAGUGGGGGAGUUCUGUUUGGUAGAGGAUGUCCUAUCUACCCGGUGGUACAGAGGAAGGGUUCAGAACAAACAGAAAGAAUUGUUUGACGUGUUCCUCAUAGACCAUGGGAAUGUUCUGAGUGUUGAUGUCAGCCAUUUGGCCACAGCUUUGGAUGAGCUCUUCAUGCUUCCUCCCAAAAUCAUCUGUGGUUUCUUUGCAAAUGUGUUACCAUUGAGAGAAAAUUGGGAUUCUUUUUCAGAGACGUAUUUUGCUUCCUUGAUUGGAAGUCAUGUCAAAGGAUACAUCCAAGCCUUUCUUCCUCACAAAGUCCUCAUACUAGAAGCCCCAGAUAUCAACAAGGAUCUCUUUAGACUGAGCUUAGGGAAACACAUGGACACAGACACAUUCCUUCUCUUGGUGGAAUUGUUGACAGAGGUACCACUCAAGCAGAGCAUUGAACCUGUCCCAGAUCUACUGAUUGAAAAGCAAAGUGGACAAGAAUUCUCAUUCAAAUCAUCCAGCUUGAAGGGUUUUGAGGAUAUUCUGUCAUUUUCAGGCCCUAAGUUGACCACUGGCAAAAAAGUGAGGGUUAGGGUAACCGCUGCAGUGAACCCUGUUACAUUCUACUGUCAAAUGACAAGUGUGGCAAAAGAUCUGAAACGGAUGUCAGACAAAUUGGCGUUGUCCUGUGAGUCCAAGAGCAAAGACCCCAGUCUACAGCCAGCAGAAAAUAUGGGCUUGCUUUGCUCAGUCAAAGGAAAAGAUGAGAAGUGGCAUAGAGGCUUUGUGCAGUUUCUCCCUGUAAACUCUAAAGUAAGAGUAUUGUUUGUUGAUUACGGAUUCUGUGAGUCUGUGAAAAUUGAGAAUGUCCUCCAGCUUCCACUAGAUUUUCUCUCAACACCAAUCAUGGCAUUCCCGUGCGCUCUUUCCUGCCUGAAUGGACAAGAUAAGGCAGUGAAGAUCCAGCAGCUGACUUGCUUCAAGAAAGGAUUGCUGGGUGGAGUAUUAGAUGUUGAAAUCAAUGGCUUUGACAAAGAGCAGAAUCUCUAUUCGGUCACAGUGCUCAGUGCUGAAGACUAUGCAGCUGUUGAGGCAGGGCCAAUUCAAGAUGUCCCUGGACAAAGGGAGUGUGACUUUGUUCUUGAAAGUGAGCCUGCUUUCCCUCUAAAUGGCUACCUGUAUUAUGAGACCGCAAUAAUCCAAGCAAUGGAUAAUUCAGUCAUUGUUGAGGAAAUGCAAGAGGACUCUGUGUUUGAAGGAUACGUGGAGCAUGUCCUGAAUCCAGGUGCGUUCUGGUUGAGAACACAGAAACGCAACAAAGACUUUGAAGAGAUGAUGGAGAACAUGGCCAAGCACUUCAGCCAAGUCCAAUUGGAUGAAGAAAUUCUGGAGAAUCCAGAGCCUGGUGCACUUUGCUGUGCAAUGUAUGAGCUGGAUAUGCAUUACUACAGAGCAAUGGUGACAGACACUCUUGACAAUGGAGCUGAAGUAUUUUUCAUUGAUUUUGGAAAUACAGAAAAGGUACCACGCAUGUGCAUCAAGCAGAUCCCGGACAAGUUUGCUGUUGAACCAGCAUUUGCCCUGAGUUGUUCUCUGGUGAAUGUCAUGCCUUUCGACGAUGUAUGGACGAUCUCUGCAACCGACUACUUCCGACGAGCAGUCUCCAGCAAAACUCUCCUUGUGCAUGUUGUCCACAUAAGGAAAGAUCUAUAUGUGGUUGAUUUGUAUGAGCGUGAAAACAACUCAUCACAAAGAGCAUCAAAGAGCAUCACAGAGCUCUUGACCACAACAAAUCAUGCAGAAUUUUGGAAAUACACUCCUUCGGCGCCUGUGAUACCUAAGAGCGAGAUGGAGAAGAAAAUGAUGAAACCGAAGACCGGUAAAAAAGGACAAGUUCAUACAAAUGGAUCAAGCACAAGUGGAAUUACAAGGAAACCUCCCAAAGAGACAUGGGAAAUUUCAAAAUUGGUUGGCUGUGAAAAGAAACCUGAAAGCCCGAAGUCAAGCACCCUAAAAGACAAGGCACCAGCGGUGAAAUUCAAAGCACAGACAUUCAAGCCCGGAAGUGAGCUAGUUGUGCGAUGCUCUCACGUCAACACACCCUCAGAUUUUUGGUGCCAGCUGGAAAGCAAGAUCCCCAACUUGGAGGACAUGAUGGAAGCGAUUCAGCGGUAUUACCAAGCACACACACUUCCUGUGCAGUUAAAUGAUUCCUGUUGUGUUACCAAAUCUAAAGAUGACGGCAGAUGGUAUAGGGCCUGCAUUAUAGGAGCACAGAGAGAUGAAGUUGAAAUUAUAUUUGUGGACUACGGGAUUAUAUCAAAAGAGAGCAUGCACAAUCUUCAAGCAAUAGUGCCAGAAUUCCUUGAUCUUGAGGGGCAAGCAUUUAGAUGUAGCCUUUACAACUUGAUUGAACCUGCAAAGGGCAGUGAUAGUGAUUGGGGCAGAGAGGCAUGCGAAUUACUGAAGUACUUCGCUCAAGGCCAGUCAGUGAAGUUGACAUGCUAUAUACACGCUCAACUGUAUGUGAAAAACAAGGGCCUGUGCAAUGUUGUCGACCUCCACAACACUCAACAGAAUGCAACAAAGAAGCUUGUGGAAAAAGGUCUUGCAAGAGAAGUGCAAACCCCUAUGCAGCUUAUGCCAUCAGUAUGCCCAGACUCUUUUGUCCAUUCUUCCUUCAACUUGAGAUGUGGAAGUGAAGAGCAAGUCUGUGUCACUCAUGUGUGCAGUCCAUGGGAGAUGUAUUGCCAGUUGGACAGAAACACUGAAAUGAUCGACAACUUGAUGGAGAAAGUCGCCACAGAAAGUAAAGAAAUACUGCGUGCCAACUCUGGGCCUGAUAUCGGAAAACUUUGCCUGGCAAAAUAUUACGGUGAUGGAAAAUGGUACAGGGGUGUGGCUUGCCCUGUUAAAUCUACUACGCUGCUUCUAAAUGUGUUUUUUGUGGACUAUGGAAACAUGCAUAUUGUUGAAAAAAACAAUGCUGUAUCUAUUCCCAGACAUUCAGCAGAUUUACUGUUCACUCCCAUGCAGGCAUUAAGAUGCAGUCUCUCUCAAAUCCCGAAAGAGGACAACUUUGCAGAUGUCAACAAAUGGCUAGAGAAAUCCAUUCUCGACAAGCCACUUCGAGCUGUCGUUGCAGGAAAGAAUGAGGAUGGGACAGUCUUUUUUGAUCUGUUUGAUGGAGCCAUAAACAUCAAUGAGAAAGUCAAGGAGCUCAUUGCAAGUCAAAAACCAAAGGAGAAGAAAAGCAGUAGACCUGUGACUGGUCAUGAUGGACACAAAGAACAAACGAAGAACAAAAUUGGAAAAACUCAAGCGGGACAGCAUCUGAAACCCACAUGCAAGGGCAGCCAACAUCACCAACAUCAAAAUAAGAAGUCUUCAAAUGCUCAAAAAGCAAACCCACCAAAGCGUCCUGAUGCCCAGCAAGAUUGGAAAGGGCAAAGUGAAAGAAUCGCUCAGUUCAAAUCUGAGGAAAGCACAGAAGGAAAAACGGAUCAACAUGUAGACCGUUCCUCCAAACUCACAGGAACCAUUUGCUCCGUCCAAUUGCCAAAACUUUCACAACUACCCUCCAAUCCCAAAAUAAAGUCUGGAUUCCGAGGUCUGGGGUUUGUUUCCCAUAUCAAUACCUUCGACAGCUUUUUUAUCCAAAUGCAAGAUGAUGAACAAUCCAUUCUGAAAAUGAGAGAAGACCUCAACACUGAGCUGUUUAAAGAAACCAUGGGGAACAGCACAUUGGACUUCAGAAUGAAUAACCUUGUUGCUGCUGAAUAUGAAGAGGAUGGUGCACUUUACCGCGCAGUUGUGACAGAUAAUGCGUAUAAUGACCAUUUCAAGGUGGAGUUUGUUGACUAUGGAAAUACAGCCACUGUGACUAAGGACAAAAUGUACACUCUGACAAAUGUGUUUUUGUCACAACAUAGACUAAGCAUACCCUGUUCAUUGCUAAACAGUGGCUCUUAUAAAAGUGAUGCCUCUUUCACUGAUGCAGUAAUGGGAAAACCUCUCAUGUUUGAAAUUGUCAGUCGUUUUGGGACACAGUGGGAGGUUAACGUUGAGAUCCAACAGGACAACCCAACACUUGACAAUGAUGUGACUGAAAAUGAACAGGUCCAAGCUUUGUGUGCAAGCCUAGUUGACACAGUUAAAAAGCAAACAAGAGUAACCAUCAAGGACAAUAGCCAGUCCAAUACACAUUCUGAGAGGGUUAUGUUCACUGCUCAAGGUGAAAAGGUCUUGCAGAAUGUGUCCCCAAGGCCCUCAUCAACUAGGCACAAACAUGACAUUUGCAAACACCAGGACUCCAAUCAACUCCAAUCAACAACGUUUGGACCAUCUAUGGAGGCUGUGAAGGAUAUGGCCAUUCCAUCACAGGAUAUAAGAGCUGGACAGGCAGAGAGUGGGACAUUGUUGUCCAUCUUGGAGAAUGGAGAUCUAUAUCUAAGACUCCACAGCACCACAGAACAGUUUACUGUACUUGAGAAUCUCAUAGUUGAACAUUUGUCUAAGUGCAAAGUCAUGUCUGAGAAGAAUGUCAAAGAAGGACUUCAAUGCUUGGCAAAAUCAACCAAAGACGACCAGUGGCACAGAGCAGUUGUACGGCAUGCAUCUAUUGACCAAGGAAAAUGCGUUGUGUUCCUUGUGGAUCAUGGCACUGCAGAGGACGUCCCAAUUGGCUGCAUCAAAGACCUCUGUAAUGACCUCAAGCAAACUCCUGUGCAAGCAGUCUUGUGCAAGUGGAAUAGCCCUGGCCUCCCUAUCAGCGACGCUUAUGAGAUAUUGAAGAAAACUCUGAAACAAAUGGUAGGCAAGGAUGUAAAACUGAUGUUUGUGUCCUACUCUGAAGCUGAUAACUUGUGGAUGGUCGAAAUCAUGAUAAAUGGACUGUUCCUUGUUCAGCAAAUGAAGACUGCAACUUCUGAAUUUACUGAAGAAAGACCAAUCCCCACAAAGACUCAAACUGUAACCCCAAAAGAGAAAAACUCCAACUUGGACAACAGUCCCCAGAGGUUCAUCCUUUCCCCAGUGAACAUGGAUCUGGGAUACUCCGGCUUUGCAGCUGCAGUCACCACACCAAGUGAAUUCUACAUUGUUCUGGAAGAUUUGCUUCUCAUCAUGAACAAUGUGUCUACGAUUCUUGAGGAUCUUCCAAAGGAGCUGUUGCCAUUUCAUGAAGAACACCUAAUUCCAGGGUCAUGCUGCCUUGUGAGGUCUGAUAGUAAGAACAAAUGGUGCCGAGCUGAAAUCGUCCAUUCCGAUAGCACAGUGGUUGUGAUCAAUUUGGUUGACUAUGGCCAUUGUGUGGACAUGCCGUACAAAGAUUGGUCUGAGCUGAGGAGACUUCCUGACCAGUUGACCAGGCUACCAAAAGUCACGUAUCCAUGCACUUUGAGAGGAGUAAAAUCAGUCGAGGGGCAAUGGACAGAUGAAGCAGUUGUUUUCUUUCAAGAGUGCAUCUGUAAGAAAAACCUUCAAAUAUACUUCAGGCAGUACAUUUCUGAAGCACACUGGGAGGUGGACAUUGUAGCAGAUGGCGUUCACGUGGCUAAAGACCUGGUUGAUGCUGGCCAUGCAGAAUACAUUGACAUCAUGCUUGGACUGAGAUUUCAAGAACAAUGCCCCAUCAGAGCCCCUGAACAGAAACAAGGCAUGAGUCGUGCAGAUAGAACAUCCAAAGUGGAACCGGAAAUGACACCACCUAGGACGAACAAAUUCCUGAGAAGACUGAAUGAAGAACUAGAACUCGAUGGACACGCUUCAAGUGAGGCUGCCUUCAUUGGGCAAGGAUUUGAAAAAGCAAGUGAGAAGACAGCCCGUGCUACUGAGUACCCUGAUGGCCAAGGAGCAGAGAUGAUGACACACUGUAGCACAAUGACUGGAACAAGACAUUGUGCCCUGAUGUGACUACUGGUUAGUUGUGACUACCAGUGAGACGCUACUCCAUAUCAGGACACUACACUUGAACACGUAAAAAUAUGCUGUCAGAAGUGGGAUUCGAACCCACGCCUCCAGGGGAGACUGCGACCUGAACGCAGCGCCUUAGACCGCUCGGCCAUCCUGACAUGUAAGGAAAUAAUGACUUGAGACCACUAAUAUUGUGACAACAAUAUACACACGCUAUAGCUUGUUGACAUUUGUAUGCUGUUUUUCAUUUUUAUGAGAGGCUAAAUUGCUGUCUAAAAAUUACGUGCUAUCGUAAGAUGUUCUCGUGCAGACUUCCUUGUUAGCAUUACAUUAGCAAACAUUGACGUCAGCAAUUCGUGUUAUCUGGAUGUGGCUAAUUUCAGCGCAGUUUGCCCUUCUAACUGCGCAUUUUGUGGCCAGUUAAUUUCAACCAUUGAUUGAUCAUUAUGUGGGUGCAACGUAGCAUCCAUCUCGUGCAAGGCAUCUAUUCUGUUUGCUAGUGCUAGCGCCGUCUACGUUUCGACUGCUACAUUGUUUCUCUACUGCUGCUCGCCCUGGAAGGGUGUAAUUGCAGCCCGCAAUUCGGGGCGUUUUGUAAAUGGGCGUUUCUUGAUAUCAAGUUAUACCCAUUGAUGCUCGCUAUUGUAGAGGGAGCUUCUCGGAGUUUGAGUGUUUGUGGAGAACCGAAACAAAAUCAAUAGCUUUGUAUUAUGGUUGGCGGACUGCGGUCCAAAUGGAUGAUAGUUCUGAUGGUAUUGGUGAGUUUGUUGGGCUUCCGAAUGGCACAGCUGUCAAAGGCACUGCAGCUCUGUGCUAGAGGCGUCACUAUAAACCCUGGUUUGAUCAUGUGCUGUAUCACAACUGGCCGAUAGGGCAGCGCACAAUAGGCCCAGCGUCGUUUGGCUGGGGUAAGCUGUCAUUGGGCAAGGGUAAAUAAAGGUAAAACUGUUUAAUUUAAACAAAAUGUUGAUAGUCAAGGACCUGGAUGGUCUGUUGUAAAAGGAAAAAUAAUGGCCCUGCUAUAAGCGCUACUGACUUUAGUGGGACGUCUAGUGAAGAGGGCGAAGGUAUUGAAUAACAAAAGUAAUGAUGUGUCAGAGCGGAAUGGUGUUGGAUGCGACCACAUGGUCUCAUCUACACCAUAUUCUAUUAACCAAUGUUGUAAAGAAAGAGAGGUGAAGUAACAUUAGACAGUUCAACUGGACAGGGUGGUGGUUGUGCUACAUUCAUAAGGGAAAGUCUUGUAUAUCGUAAUAUACCUGACCCAUCUGAAUACGAAUGUGCGAUGAUGGAAUUCUGCAGUGCAAGUAGUAAUAAUAGGUUGCAACUUUUUUACAACCCGUGUCAACUAUCUGUAUCGAUGUUUGAUGAAAUAUCAGGAGGGUUGGACUUUCUUCAGCAAAGAUGGCUGACAAAAAUACUAUGACGGAAGCAAAUGUAAGGGAUUAUAACGUCAUAACGAAUCAUGCAAAAAAUGUACAGUUGACAGGAAUAUAUUAGUUACUGUAGAGACAAACAAAUUAUGCAUUUUUUAAAUCAAAUUUAAUUUAUGAAAAUCGCGAUUUAGCAAGCUAGCUAACAUUAGCCUGAUAAUGUUAGCUCACUAGCUUUAUGCGUGUUGUGACAUGUAUUAAAUUGUAAUUCUGGUUAUUUAAUGUUUUAGGGACUCCUGAAAUAACUAGCAAACUAGACUGCCGUCUUGUGAAACAGUGGAUGUAAAGAAUCUAGCUAGUUAAAGCAUUUACUGCACAAAUUUGUAAGCUUGUCUUGCUGAUAUUUGCCAUGCAGAUAGAUAAAAUUACCUGUAUGCCUAUGGAUGUGUAGCUAGCUAUCUAGCCGAUCUGUGUAUGGACCCAAACGUUUGGUAUACAAAUUAGUUCAGAACCUAGCUAUGAACCUCAGCUAUCAUAGCCAGUUGUAUCAAUUUAAAACAGGCUGAAUGAGUAGAAUAUAAUAGCUUUGUGCCAAGGAUGCAAGUCGUAUAUACAUGUAGUUAUUACCAUGCAUGAGAUCCUCACAUUGUAGCCUGUACAUUUAACAUAAUCACUGAUCAUGUACUCUACCUUGGCAAAUAAAGGUGCA